AUGGAAUUUGGAGAGAAACCCUGCGCUCGCGGCAAGCAUUUGUUCGGUGUUUUCCCGGGUUUGUUUUCUUUAUGCGAUUUGUUAAGACCAGCCCAUAAGACUUCGGUCUGUAGGAAGUGGGAACCUCCUAAGACACCGGGAAAACGGAAAACCCCGGAGAAGGAGGAGUGGGAGUGGGAGUGGGAGAAGGACGAUUAG